CAGGGGACUAGUCUGCUUGCCAAGCACUACGUCCCUGGCUGUGGGCUGAUGGAUGUGGCAGCAGGGGGAUUUCUCGAAGAGGGCAGCUUGGUGAAACAUGCUUUGUAUGGCAAUGGAGUGCAGGUCAGCUGCGAGCGGGGUGCCAAAACCUUCGAUCAGACUUGCACACCACGCACCCAGGAGCCUUUCAGGACUGGCGCGGGAGGAAGAUGAACAUGGCGACGAGAGGGAAUUCACCGAGUGCAUCGCUGCAUGGCAGGAGACUGGAGGUCGCACCUUCCCGGACUUCGGCCGCAUUGUCUCUCGAAGUCCAGGACAUUCACAUCGGUCUCAGGAUGUUGAGGUACGUGGUGAACUGAAUGUUGGCGGAAGUCUCUUCAGGACGACGCCAAGUACCUUGCGGAAGGCAAGAAGCAAGAUUCGUGAGACUUGUUCUCAAAUCUUGCAUCUUGCAACACUGAACCGGCGAGCAAGCUGCCACAAGCUGCGCACUCAUCCUUGAUGUCUCAGAAGAUGGCAGGAUAUCCAGUCCAAGAUCUGAGGGCUUUGGUGCCACCCUGGACACCGAAGGCCACUACUUUGUGGAUCCCUCGGGCUUCCUCCUCAGAUAUGCGCUGGAAUACCUGCGCGCAGGCUUCUGGCUGCUCGGUGAGAAAGCCUGUGAUUUAGAGUUUGUGGACGCCGUGCGCUCUGAGGCGAACUUCUACGGGUUGGAAGGCGAGCAGCAGCUCCCCGUGCCCCGCAUCACUGAAUACGUCUUGGUCUGACAACGCAAAGAUGAUACAUCCACCUACGUGGAUUGCCUGGAAGAAACCAUCCGACAGGAUCGGGAUCAUCAGGGUCUUUUUCGUCUCUGCAAGUACUUUGGCGGCCUUCCGCUGGAUCAACAGACUGGCACGAAGCGCUUCAGUGGAAUGGCAGAUGGUGGAGAAUAUGCAUGGGGCACCGGCCACAAGAUUCCUCUAGAUGAUGUGCUUGCCCUCUAUCUCUGUAUCUCAUGACCUCAAGGAAUUCAUGGCUAUGUUUGCUAGGCCGCUAACUAGGCAUGAGUCCUGCCUGAAUGUGUGUUACUCAAUGUAUUUCUUUCUUUUCUGACGCUUUCCUGACAGAACACAGUACCCAUUGAAAGAUGACAACUUUGUGCAUGCUACUCGCUGCUACUCCAAGACAGAGGUAACAGAGCUGGAUUUUGGUCCACUCCUAAUCAUGAAGUUUGAUAGCGUGGCCUGGCCUUCAAGACCUUGCCCUGCACCCGGGUCAUUCUUCAUCAUUGUCCUCUUGUGAUUUUAUGAGUUUAUGUACUGUAUGUGAUUUGUUCCCACAGAUUCGCAAAAUGUGGAGGCGACGUCCCACUGCAUCCAGUCGGUGCUCUCUUAUUUCGGCAUGCUGGCUAUAAGUCUAGUUCUUGUGGACAGCCGAGACCAAUACAUCCCCCAAACAUGUUGAUUGUCAAUAUGAUUUGUAGCAAGAAAAACAUACUCCCACAAUGUUUCUUGUUUCAUCAUCUGUUUCUCUAUGGACAAAUGAUUGGGUGAAGGUUCAGAUUUCUUUUUAGACGCCAGAUGUCAUGGCGCGGAUUCUCGCUGCAGCACAUUGUUGAGGAUUAUUUACCUGGUUCGGAGUCUGAUGGUUGCUAUGGUUGCAGAAGGCGCCGAUGAUCAACCAUGUCACCUCUGCAGAUGGUCAGAGUCGAAGUGGGCCAGGAACACAGUUCAUGCUCUCAAGGAGCGUGCUCUUUCCUGGUUUAAACCGCUGAGAGCUGGUGGGGAUAGCCGCGGAUGGAGAGGAAGAGAGCAAACUGCGGCGGUCUUUCCCAGAGCGGGCUGAGGUGGUCCAGUCCCUCCUAAAAAUGGGGGCUAAAUGGCGG